UGUUACUGUGUGGCGGCUGCUGUGAAGCGCUGGGAGUUAGAGAGGCCGAGCUGAAGGUGUGAGCUCCCCCCCGGGCGGAGGUGGUUCGCUCCUUUUCCGCCAGCCGCCGGUUCCAUGCACAUGGCCUGUUAGAGCGCCCGAGCCUCGAGCUGCACUCCGUGUCGGGCUGUGAGCAGAGCUGGCUACUCCAACCUCGGACCGUGCCCCCAGGAUCACACGCACACCCACCCACAGCAGCCUAGAGGCGGCCGGAGCCGAGCCCGGGCAUGCAGGACACCGACAACAUGGUGGCCGACGGCGAGCUGGAGCUGGACGAGGAGGCCACAGAGGAGGACAUCUCCUUCAGCGACCCGGAGGACUUCGUGGAUGAUGUGGAUGAUGAGGGUGAGCGUGGGGGAGCAGGGCUGAGGGGACAGGGGGGGAAUGGGUACCGGAUAAGGGGGGGCUUGGACUAUAACUCCCAUCAUGCUGGAGGAUAAUGGGGAUUGAAGUCCUGCUGUUCGGAGUUGGGAGAAUGGGUACCGGAAAAGGGGGGUCUUGGACUAUAACUCCCAUCAUGCUGGAGGAUAAUAGGGGUUGGAGUCCUGCUGGGGGUAAUGGGAGUUAUAGUCCAAGACCCCCUUUUUCGGUGCCCAUUACCCUGGAGGAUAAUGGGGAUUGGAGUCCUAUUGGGGGAAGUUGAGGUAAUGGGUACCGAAAGGGGGGGGGGGAUCUUGGACUAUAACUCCCAUCAUACUGGGGAUUGGAGUUCUGCUGAGAGCCAUUCCCAGCUCUGGGCUCAUGUUAGGCCUCUGAUGGCUAGUUGGAGUUUAUUGGAUUAACUCUCAUCACGCUUUUUAAAAAUGUGUAUUUUCUAUUAAUGGGCGUUGUAGCCCUGUAGGAGAUGGUUGGGGCCCUCUCUGGGCCCCUGGGAAACAUGAGGCCUCUAAUGGCUGAUAUAAGAAUUGGAAGGACUACAAUCAGCACUGUUUGAAAGCCUGGAGUGCCUGAGCAGGGGUGUCCUGAAAUACAGGCGCCUAGCUGUUGUAGAACUGCAACUCCUAAGAUGCCCAGCCAGCUUUAAUGAUUACAAAACACAAAGGGAUUUGCAGUUCUGCAUGCUUUUGAGAUGUUGCAGCAUGCUGGGGCUAUGCUAUAGGAGAGUCUCAGGCUGUGAAUGAGUGGCUUAGGCCUAGGUGUAGUUCAUAGAGCACCACCCACAUGUAGUAGCAGCUGUAAUUAGGUGUGACGAUCACAAUAGUGAAUAAUCAUAUGGUUAUUAUUACACAAUGACAAGGGCUUGCAGACCCCACAAGAAAGAAAUCUGGCUGCUAACAAAAUACCAGGAACUGAAUAUUGAGUGUUUCCCCAGAAAGUCAAUGGAUACAUAUUUUCCAUAGCCCUAUAAAAAAAAUUGUAUUUUUCAUAUUCAUGUUAGUGACUUUUUGUGUGAUUUUUAAAGUUGCACUGGAAGUACCAUAAUCACUACAGAGCAGCAUGUGUAGGGAGGUUGUGAGUUACAGGCAUAGGGGGUUGUGGUUAGGACUGCAUAAAGCAAGCGAGAAGUCUGUUAUCAGAGAACUGAGCAGUGAGAUUGGAAGAGCAUGAUGUAUACAUCAAAAUUGCUUUAUUGUGCUAGUGUUGCUUUGGUUCUUAGAUUAUACCUUUUUGAAGAGUUAAAGCAUGCACCAUUAUGGUGACAUGCCAUUUGUGUAACACUGGCUGCUUUGUUUACUUAUUGUACAGCCCAGUGGUAUGCAUUUUCCUUACUGGACUCUUCCAAAUAGUGGUCUGUAGUGGUUAUGGCGCCUCCCCCCGGUGUAAGUAGUCAAAUUAUUUGAGAACAGUUUGGCUUCUUACCUGGGAUCCACAGGGAGCUACGUUCCACCUCUCUUCAGUUUCCAAGAGAGCUGGCCAGAAGCUUCUAUUUUGGUUUUCACAUAAUCUCUUCUGAGCUAAGCCCUAUAAUGCAGGUCCAUCUCAUUGGCUGAUGGCUACUGUGCAUUAAGUGAUAAUGUGAUCUGUGUAAUGUUGGUUGCCUUUGGGGUGAAUAAGUGAUGACUGGUUUCUGAUAGCUUCUGUGGUUUGGACAGAGGAGACGCGUGGUGAUAGUGUGAAUCAAGUGAGUGCAGAUGAGGCAUGGACCAAUUCAGCUAGUUAAAUCUAAGGCAGGGCAUUCUUCAGCACUCCAGAUGUUGUGGACUGCAUAUCCCCGAUGCUUUGUCAGCAUUACAACUAUAAGAGCAUUAUGGGAGAUGUAGUCUCCAGUUGCCUACCACUGCACUAGUGUAAAGUGUGGGUUGGUACCGUAAGAAUGACACAUAUCUAUUUUUGUAUCAAAGUUUUUCUUUGAUAAUGCACGCUUUUAACUCUGCCUGGUUUCUAAACACUACAAGGAAUUGUCAGCCCCUGAGCUCUGUGCAUUGCUUCCAGGUGUCUGUACAAAGUAUUAGAUACCAACAUUGUCUAUUAAAAUCUUCAGUGGUAAUUUCAGAAAAUGAGAUGUGUAUUCCAUGGUGACUUGGCAAGGUUUUUUUUUUUGUUUUGUUUUUUGGUUCCUUCCUUGAACUGGUAUAUUAAUGUGUCCUAACCCCUCUUUUUUUCCCAGAGCUGCUUUCUGAUGUUGUGGCCGAGCGCCCACAAGAAACCGAUGGCAUAGACUCUGUAGUCGUGGUGGAUAAUGUACCGCAGGUUGGUCCUGAUCGCUUGGAGAAACUCAAGAAUGUCAUCAAUAAGAUCUUUUCCAAGUUUGGGAAAAUUACAAAUGAAUUCUAUCCCGAUAGUGAUGGGCUUACUAAGGGGUAAGAUAUGUUGCUUUACGUGAUUUAUUUAUUUUUUCUGUUUGUUACACUACUGACAUCCUUUUUCUUUCUUUAAAGAGGCAUUCUACCAUAACCAUGCAUAUGUUGAAUUGGGUAUUUUUGUUUUGUUAGGUAUAUUUUUCUUGAGUACUCUUUGCCAACUCAAGCGCAGGAAGCCGUGAAGGGAGCCGAUGGCUACAAACUUGACAAGCAACACACGUUUCGCGUGAAUCUCUUCACUGACUUUGAUAAGUGAGUGAAUCCUCCUUCACCUCUAUUUUAAAAUAAAUAAAUUAAAAAAAGCAAAUUAUUCUGACUGUAUUAAUAAUUUCAAUAUUUUUAAACAUUUUUUACUUUUCUAUUACAGAUAUAUGGUCAUUGGUGAUGAGUGGGAUGUUCCUGAGAAGCAGCCUUUUAAAGACUUUGUAAGUGUACAAGUAUGAAAGCUUGGUUCAUACUAGAGUUUCAAGGAUAAAAUUACUGCGGUUUACAUAUCACAGAGUUGACUUGCUGAGUGUUGUACACUUAUGAUCCUAUAAAUUAUGGCUGAAGGUAGAACACAAGACCCAUGAUUUGCCUGCCUGAUAGUCUGAUAAAGCAUAAUGGGAGGUGUAGAUAGACAAAAUGGAUUGCUGAACGGCCUUAUUGGCCUUCCCCUUUUUUAUGUUUAACUCAGUGUGUGUGUGUGUGUGUAUAUAUAUGUAUGUGUGUAUAUAUAUAUAUAUGUGUAUAUAUAUAUGUAUAUAUAUAUAUGUAUAUAUAUAUUUUUUUUUUUUAUACGUGUCAUGCAAGUAUACUGCACAUUAUUGUUGGCUUGAAAGACCUUUUUUUUAUUUUUUUUUAUUUUUUUUUAUUUUUUAUUUUUAAUUUCUUUGCUGCGUGGAUGACGUAGGUCAAAGUUCUAUGGAAUUUUGGCACACUGCUAUGUCAUUGUGUGCCUGCUCCCAACCUGAUAUCCUUUCUGAUCUGUCCUAAUAUAAAAAUAGCCCAGAUCUUAGUGUGUUAGAAGGGGCAUAUGCACAACUGAGACUUUAAAGGGGACACUUAUCUGAAAAUAUCUAAACAUUUCUACCAAUUCAGUCUGUACAAAAUGCAGAAAUGUCUUUUAAAAUGUAAAACACCAGCUUGAUUUGUGAUAUACUUGAGUAAAUUUACAGUUGUAAUCUGUUUGCUAGGGCAACCUACGUUCAUGGCUUGAAGAUGCAGACUGUAGGGAUCAAUUCAGUGUUAUAUUCGAAUCAGGAGACCGAACUACCAUCUUCUGGAAUGAUGUGAAAGAGCCUGUUCCAGUUGAGGAGAGAGCGGUAAGUAAUUUAUUUUAUAAGUGGAAAAUUUCAGGAAACUUUGUAACCUGGUUUUUAUAGUAUACUAUAUGUGAUAUAUGGUGGAAAUCCACGUGCUGUAUUUGUGUGACCAGCCAUCAUAAAGUCUUGUAAUAGGAUUUAUUUGAUUGCAACUACCUUCAAUAGGCAUCUAAAUUCACAAUGCAGUAGUUCAGCAACCUAGUCACAUCUUAAAGGAAUAAAAACACCGCAAGGGUUACCAGGGGAAUUUAAUGAAUAAUAGGCAUAUAACUUGGUAAACCUGUCAUUUAGGGGUGCCAGAUUAUCAGGGAUAUAUGUCUGGUAUAUUUUACUUUGCUUGUGAGGGUUGCACUCAUCCAGUCUCAUUAUUUUAAGUCAAAUUUCCCUAAAGCAAUCGAUUAAUAAGUAGAGGGCACCAGCAUUGUAAGUACAUGUAAUAUAAUUUUAAUGGUUCUAAAAAGCUACAUAUGAGACAAUCAUUUGAAGUGUAACUGCCCUAACUUGCAAGCUAAUAAGGUAUUUUUACUGUUGCUUUGCGUAAUAACAAUAGAAUGUACUCUGGGUCUAGCAAAAUGUCUAUUUACUGUUAGCAAAGAUCUGCUGCUGACAAGUGCCGCUACAAACUAAGGAAUUGUCUUUUGAGUAAUCGAAUUAACUGUACCCAACUCACUUGUCUACAGCGUUGGACGGAAACAUACGUUCGUUGGUCUCCCAGAGGCAACUACCUGGCCACGUUUCACCAGAGAGGGAUUGCUUUGUGGGGAGGGGAGAAAUUCAAGCAAAUACAGAGGUUCAGCCAUCAAGGGGUCCAACUCAUUGACUUCUCACCAUGUGAAAGGUUUGUAUGCUGUGCUAGGAGGGCUCUGUGUGUUUUAUAUUUAGAUGUAUGUAUAAUACAUUGUGUAGAGAUGUUUCCCUGUGCUACUUGUUUAUCUGCCUGUCUAACACCUGCCUUGCCUCCAGAGGUCUUGGCUAAACAGUAUUCCAACUGUUUAUUUGGGUGCUGAAAUCUUAUAAUCUUUUUGUCCUUCAGAUAUCUGGUUACAUUUAGCCCUCUAAUGGACACCGAAGAUGACCCCCAAGCCAUCAUUAUUUGGGACACACUCACAGGGCAAAAGAAGAGAGGAUUCCAUUGUGAAAGCUCUGCACAUUGGCCUAUAUUUAAGUAUGUUACAAUAAUAACAAAUUUCAUGUUUGUUUGUUUUUUGUUUUUCCAUUUCUUGUUUUUAAACAAAAUGUUCAUCUUUCUUCAGGUGGAGUCACGAUGGCAAAUUCUUUGCCCGAAUGACACUAGAUACACUCAGUAUCUAUGAAACUCCAGUGAGUAUAUAGUGUUAAGUAUCUUUACCGUCCUCUGUGGAAAUCAUUUGCGCUAUCCCUUUUGUACAUGCAAUAACAUCUGGUUUGCAAAAUUGAGGAUAAAAUAGCCAAUCUGUGAAUAUCGGAUUUGGGGAAAAAUAAUAUUUCCAGAUCAGCUGUUGUGGCCUAAUUUCUGCCAUUCAGAUGUUAAUUUGCUACAGUUCAGUAUUAAGUGAAUAACCUAGUUUUAGUCCAUUCAUCCCACAAAGUUAUCUAUUGAGUAGCUGUCACCACCCUAUAUUGUUUGUUUUCUUAAUAUUUAAUUUACCUGUUUGUACUUAAGUAUCCCAGUUUAGAAUUUAUGCAAAGUCACCAGGUGGUGACAGAUCUGCUUUAAGCCUCAUUUCAACUUCUAUAAAGAUCUGACACUCAUCGUCUUUAGUCUUUCGUGUAGCCACCAUUUUUUCAUAUUUUAAGCAUAAUGUUGUUAAAUGAUAACUUUGCUAUGAAUAAGUCUAGUUCUCAAUUUUUGGAUGCUUCUUUGACGUGAAACAGUAUUUAUUGGCCAUCUUAUGCAUUUUUUUAUUUUCUUCCUCCAGUCUAUGGGUCUUCUGGAUAAGAAGAGUUUGAAAAUUACUGGAAUAAAGUAAGCAGCUAUUCUAUAAGUUCCAACUAACUUUUUGUACAGUUGUGUUCACAUUUCUAAUUAUGUGACACUUUGGGAUGCUUUUUGUUUUAUUAGGGACUUCUCGUGGUCUCCUGGUGGUAAUAUCAUUGCCUUCUGGGUACCUGAAGAUAAAGAUAUACCUGCCAGAGUGACCUUGAUGCAGCUUCCUUCCAGACAAGAGAUCAGAGUGAGGAAUCUCUUUAAUGUUGUGGAUUGUAAGCUCCACUGGCAAAAGAACGGAGAUUAUCUCUGCGUCAAGGUCGACAGAACACCCAAAGGCACACAGGUAAAAAGCAGCCUGUUUUGUUUUUGUUCUCCUUGGUACAAUAAUGUAGUUAAAACUUGUUUUUGUAUGGAACAUUUUUAGAGAAAUAUUUACUGAUUCCAUCUUUUUGUUAACAGGGCGUAGUAACAAAUUUCGAAAUCUUCAGAAUGAGAGAGAAGCAGGUCCCUGUCGAUGUGGUAGAAAUGAAAGGCAAGUACCUAACUUUGUUGUCUUUGACUGCAAUAUCCAACCAAAUGCUUAAGUAAUUUAAUUUACUUAUUUCUUUGGUAUAUUUGAGUAUUAUUUCAGUUAUCUGUCAAAAUGCUUUUGGAUCCUUUCUACCAGAGUUUGGAACAUAGUUGUUUGCUCUGUAACCUAAAGAAAUUAGCCUUCAUUGUGCUUUAAUGUAGCUAGAAGCUUAAAGAUACUUUUUGCUUAUUUUCUCUGAGUGAACUUAACUUUUCAUGAUUUUCAGCAGUUUAGCUUUUGUUUCAUAAAUGGUUUGUCUUGUUAGAUUGCAUCAUCGCUUUUGCGUGGGAACCAAAUGGAAGCAAGUUUGCUGUACUGCAUGGAGAGGUCCCAAGAAUAUCCGUGUCUUUUUACUAUGUGAAAAACAACGGCAAGAUUGAUCUCAUCAGUAAGGAUUUUUUUGUAACAUUUAUUAAUCCUGUUUAUAUACCAAACUUUUUUUCCCUCUUUGGGGUGCAGAAAGUUUAAUAUUAUUAUUAUUAUUUUUUUUUUUUUUUUUUUUAUCACACCAGAAACUUAUGACAAGCAGCAGGCUAAUUCAAUUUUCUGGAGUCCACAGGGUCAGUUCUUAGUUUUGGCUGGUUUGCGAAGGUAAGCACACUAUUAUAACUGUGUACAGUUGGAUUUGAAAUAAAACCUAGGAAGUGUGAAAGCUUUUAUGUUGCACAAUUAAUCAAAGUGUUCUUAUAUUCCAGCAUGAAUGGUGCUUUAGCCUUUGUGGACACCUCCGACUGCACCAUAAUGAACGUUGCCGAGCACUAUACAGCUUCCGAUGUGGAAUGGGAUCCAACGGGUCGUUACGUAGUGACAUCUGUGUCAUGGUGGAGCCACAAAGUAAGACCUACAAAACUUUGCUUUCUAAAUCUUAUUUCAACUUCCUCAAUUGUUUUACUUAGUCUCAGAAUGUACAUUGAUCCCAGAAUGCUUUGCGUGAUGGUUAGUACUGUCAAUGUGCAAAUUCACAUCCUGUUUGCUGAAGUACGCUUAACCCCUUAAGGACCAAACUUCAGGAAUAAAAGGGAAUCAUGACAUGUCACACAUGUCAUGUGUCCUUAAGGAAAUAACUAAUUUCUAUUACAGUGUAUAGGUUGUGCUAUGCUAAUUUUUUACGAUUAAUUUUUAUGGACUGCUGUGUAAGAUAAGGGAGAGUUAAAUGUCAUUCUAAUUGGACAUUUCAGAGUUCUGUUAUUACAAGCUUUGUUAAAAUACAAUGGCUGGAAAUGAAAGCCAACUCAUUCUUGAGAUGGAAAAUUCUCUUGGAUAUCCCCUCUUUUUAGCUAAGCAUUGCAGAACCCAGUUCUUACUACUUUUUUGCAGCUAAUGCAAUUGUUCCAUCCCCUUUAGCUUCAUUGGUUUCUAUUGCCCAUCCCCAAAUUGAACCUGCCUCCUUGUUUGGUGGGAGGCCAGUGAGAUACAUAGUGUUUUUUUUUAUUUUUUUUAUUAUUAUUAUUAUUAUUUUUACAGGGUUAUUCACUAAUUGAAAAUUCAAAGUAAUUAUCAAAUUUAAGAUAAAAGUAUCUGAAAUUCUAUGUCAGUUUGGCUACUCUGGCCUUAAACUUGAAAUUCACUUUGAAUUCGUAUUUUAGCCAAGAGCCCUGAUAAAUUGACAUUUAGACUUUUUGGUAGUGUCCUAUAAGUUGAAGUUCUAAUCUGUAGAGUAAGUGAUUAGUAGCCCAUGACGUCAACCUAACUCUUGCGAUUUGUGUCAUUAAACCCAGCUCGGAUGGGGGGGGGGUUUACCUGGCUUUAUAUCCACUUAGUAUGCAUGAAUGCUUAUAUGUACGGUUUCUGUUAUGCAGGUCUGAGGUUUGUACUGAAUAACGUUUUGAUUUCUCUCUGUUUAGGUGGAUAAUGCUUAUUGGCUAUGGACCUUCCAGGGCCGUCUGCUUCAGAAGAACAGCAAAGAUAGGUUUUGCCAACUUCUCUGGAGACCAAGACCCCCGACUUUGCUUAACCCAGAUGAAAUAAAAGUAUGCAGUGCUUCUAAUUUUUAUUCAAUCUAGUUUCUUCUGGUUUGAAUAUCAUCCAGCUAAAGGUUGUAUUAAUUGUUGUGUAAAAAUUUUUUUCUAGACAAUCAAAAAGGAUUUGAAGAAAUACUCAAAGAUAUUUGAGCAGAAGGAUCGUCUAAGUCAGUCCAAGGCCUCAAAGGUAAGCAAUCAGUAGUUUUGCACAUUUUUUCCCUACCCCAUUUACUUAUUCUCAGUUAGGUGUUGUAAGGUCAGAACUUUUUUUUUUUUUUUUUUGGUAUACUGCCCUCUAGUGACUUAUGCAAAAUGAAUAGUAUUGUUACGGGCAAAUGCAAAUAUUACAAGUUUUAGAAUGAAAUGUUGUAUUUCUUAAACUGUGUACUUUGUCAUUAAGAGAUAUUGCAAACUGACAAGGUGUUAGAAAUGGAACAUAUUGUUUUUCAUAGAUGUUUCUUUAAGCAAUAACCUCAGUGCAUAAUAUGUAUGCGCCAUUUUGUCCCAGACGAAUUGCAAUAACAAUAAUGCAUAAACAAGCUUCAAGGCUAUUCUACGACACUAUUUAAGACAUUAUAGUGGUAAAUAAGGGAACCACACACGGUUACAGUAUGCUUGUUUUGUUUUCCGAACAGUUUUAACAUUUUGUAUUCUUUGCCUUCUAAAGGAACUUGUGGAACGUAGAAAGACCAUGAUGGAUGAGUAUAAGAGUUAUCGGGAGAUGGCACAGAAGCUUUACUUGGAUCAGAAAGCGGCACGUCUGGAGCUACGAGGUAACAUUUAAUCUGUGCUUCAUUCAAUAGAGAGGUUAUUCCUUUAAUGAGAAUUGGAAUUUCUCUAUACACUGCAUUUGUUGUAUAGCACACAAGGAAGGCGUGGUUAAUUUCCUGUUUAUCUGGGUGUCCCCAUUGUAGCUUAUCAUAGCUGUCGGUCACAGCAUGCAUUCAAACCGUGCUUCCCUGAUAUUCUAAUGAUGCUGCUUUCUUGCAUUUCUAUCUUGUUUAAAUGUUUUUUUCUGUAGUUAUGAACACCUUAUUUGCUGCAGAAAUAGACCUGUAGCAGUCCAAAAUCGGUGGAACUUUUAAUUACGAUCCAUGUACUUUGUCAAAAUAACUUUAUUUAUGAAAGCCUUCAAAUAGGUGUCCUAAUGGAGCAGUGCUAGUGCUAAACUGAUGUCUUGCUUUUCGAUUCAGGCUAUACAUAUGGCUGGAGUUUUUGAGCCCUUAGAGAAUGAUUCUUUAAGGAAAUUAAAUCCGUGUGUUAAUUAUUCUCUUUCCACACUACUAGGGGUGGAUACAGACGAGCUGGACAGCAACAUAGAAGACUGGGAGGAGGAGACAAUUGAGUUCUUUUGUACUGAAGAAAUUUUCCCCCUGGAGGAGUAGUCCCGUAAAUUCUGCGGUGAGUUCCAUAUAGGACAGUAUUUUGAGUGUGUAUAUAUUUUUAUUUUUUGGGAUGGUUUUGAAGUGGUUUUUAUUCUUAUUCAAAGAAAAACUGGAAGAAAGCAUGGUGUGAGUCUUUGUUUUUAACCCACCCUUCCAAAUGCCAAGUGUGCCAACAGUCCAAGUCUUGGCAUGUUUUGUCAGCAAUAGGUAAAAGCAUUGGGGAGUAACUAAAAUCCAAAUAAAGGAUAAGCUGGGUGCUGUGUCCCAUGUUCCUUAGGUGAAAAAAACACACAAUACAGUUGUAACACCAUAUUUAACCGGAGAUGAGUUUGUUUUCACAGUGGCUUUUUCAAGUCUUUCAAAUAGAACUGCAAAUUCAGCCAUUUUGUAACCACAAAUUAGCUUAGUCAAAUGGUUUCCGUAACGUUCUCAAUAGUAAAGCUGUGUGUUUUUGGAAUCUAUAAUUCUAGUUCCAGGGAUAGCUGUAGUGCUAUCCUCCGAACUAGGGAUCACAUUAUCCUUUGUCUGCUUAUAACUGUAAAAGGAUCAAGGGCAAAAUAGUUCAACAGUAGUUGGAGAUUGUUUGUCCUCAAUGAUCUUGUUGAGUUGGAAGGUUUAUGAAUAAAUCUGUUUAUUUUUGAUGACUUAUAUUUUUAUUUGCAUCAUUUUACAGCCUCGUCUCAACUAGCAGUGACCGUUCUUCUCGAUCAGAGUCCAAAAAACCCACCAAAGGUUCUAUUUUAUUCCUUCAUCUGCGACCUUGAAUGGACGUUGCGUGUCUCCUUAAUGAAGUUGUGCCUUUUUAGUCUUCUUUUGAAGAGCUUACAAAAGAGCACUUCUUUUUACUAAUUAUUAACUCUUGUUCCAAGUAUCUCAAACUGAUCCAUCAUUGGCUUCAAAACCAUGAAAUCUAAACACUCCCCAUCGCUGGUUUUUACCCGGCCAAUCCGUGAUGCCCUGGAUUGGUGUUUAGCAGCUCAAGGUGCUCUGGUUCAACUAAUGAAGAAUAGCUUUUUGUACUUCCACACAAAACAGAGAGUGAACUGUUCUGGCUGGCAGAAAAAUAUUAAACCAACAAGUCGACUUUAUGCACAUUUUAGUGUACUGAACCAGCAUUAUAGCGGACUGUAUCCACCUCCAUUCAGAUUGCAACUUUGUGGGAUUAAGAUGGAAUUUAAAGUAAAAAAUAAUGAAAAACAGAAAUCAUGGGUUUGGUGUGUUUUUUUUUUUUAUUUUUUUUA